CUCGACCGCGUGCCGUUCCGUUUGAAGCCGCGCCCUUCUCCAUCUUUUGGUUGCCCCCUUGAUUAGCCUGAAAGACCAACCCCCGUGUGGAGAACGGAAAGAUGUCAGCUGUUGGUACAGUCCUGGAGCCUCCUCCCAUGUAUCGAGUAAGGCCCUACUUUGAGAUCAAGAAGGUGCGACUGCCCAACUGCAUGUACCAGAUGAAACCGCUCCACAACCUGACUGGAAUGAAGACUGGAGCCGAUGAGGUGUGGACACUUAUCUCUUGGCAGCAGGGUGCACCUAUUUGUGUCCUAUUUGGGCCACUUUUGAAAACGAAUUAGUUCACAUGCAACAUCAUACAUGUGCACAUCCUAGCAACACAGGGGCUUGUUUGGUAUGAAUGGGCUUUUACUAUAUAGCUGUCUCUCCUCUCCCUCUCUUCUUUUCCGUCCUCUUCCCUACUCUCUCCUUCUCGUCUCUCUGGAGGUUGUGGGCUCGGCCCUCAGCUAUCUAGAGCAGCGACAGGACUGGGUUCUGAACCAGAUCAGCCAGCUGCAGGAGAGAGUCAAAAAUCUCGGAGACAGUCUUGGAGUCAGUCCUGCAGAAGUUGGAAUUCUACCACAGGCUGCGGCUGCCCCAGGGGGCGUGGCUCCAGACGUGGUAAUCAGCUGUCCUCCCUCGGACCCUCCGUACCCCCUCCUCUCUCUCUGUCAUCGUCUCGCCGCCCGCGGAGUUCCUCUGGCCUGCAGCGUCCACCUACACUCCAGCAUAGCAGGACAGGUCUCCUCCCAACUGAUGGAGUUCUGGAAGAGUAUCCCGCAGUCACAUGACCCAGUCCUCAGGAUCACACUUCUCUGGAAGUCUUCAAGUUCGUGCCCGCAGCCUACGAUGGUCGUCUCUCCACACAACCAGACUCCGGUACGCGGCAUCGCAAACAUUUCCCGCUACGUUUGUCGACUGUUUUGCCCCGAGCUCUACGAGGGAAGCGGACACCAGCAGUCUGCAUUGGUUGACAGCUGGCUGGACGCAGUCACCGGGACGUACAUUUUCGGAAGUUCAAAGGAGAAAUUGUCGGUUUUACGGCGCCUGAACUCUCAUCUCGGAUCGUGUCAGUUUCUGGCUGGAGACGACGUUACAUUGGCCGACGUGGUUGCCUAUGCCAUCAUCUGUGGGGGGCCGGGGGGCCAGAAAUUGACGGAUAAUGUGAAGAAGUGGAUCAAUUGUUGCCGAAGUCGCCCCGAGUUUCAAGGUGUCCCGACGGUCAAUUUGACCAGCUCCUGACAAACUAUGGACUGACCUACAAUCCAAUUCUUGACAUUGUUACACAAUCAUUGGAAUAUUAUUGACUUUGUGAUCAUUUUCUUGGUAUUUCUUUAUGAAAGCUGCAUGGUGUAUAAUAUCUGCGACAUUGCCU